GCCCAGCACGUUUCCUGGCCGGGCUGUUAAGGCGGGAGCGCCGGGGCAGCGGGCGCCUGCGCAGAGCCGGGCGUCGGCUGCCGGGCCGGUGCCAGGGGGCGGUCAGCCGGCCGGGAGCCGAUGGAGCCGAGCAGCGGUCUGGAGGCUGGGCCGGAGGCGGAGCGGGAGGAAGGGGAGCCCGCGGUGAAGAAGCGGCGGCUUCUGUGUGUGGAGUUUGCCUCGGUGGCGAGUUGCGACGCCGCCGUGGCGCAGUGCUACCUGGCCGAGAACGACUGGGAGAUGGAAAGAGCGCUGAACUCCUACUUCGAGCCGCCGGUGGACGAGAGCGCCUUAGAGAGCCCCCCGGAGCCCCCGGCUGCGCCCGAGUCCUGUGUUGACCUAACCAAUGAGGAAACAACUGAGUCCGUUAGUUCUAAAACCAGCACAGCUGAAAAUAUUCAGCAAGAAGAUGGCAGCAUGUUCUCUUUCAUUACCUGGAAUGUUGAUGGAUUGGAUUCAAACAAUCUGCAAGAGAGGGCUCAAGGAGUGUGUUCCUAUUUAUCUUUGUACAGCCCAGAUGUGAUAUUUCUACAAGAAGUUAUUCCUCCAUAUUAUAGCUACCUAAAGAAGAAAGCAAGUAGUUAUGAGAUUGUUACAGGUAAUGAAGAAGGAUAUUUCACAGCUAUAAUGUUGAAGAAAUCGAGAGUGAAAUUUAAAAGCCAAGAGAUUAUACCUUUUCCAAAUACAAAGAUGAUGAGAAAUCUUUUGUGUGUGCAUGUGAAUGUGUCAGGAAAUGAACUUUGCCUUAUGACUUCCCAUUUGGAGAGCACCAGAGGGCAUGCUAAGGAACGAAUAAAUCAGUUAAAAAUGGUUUUGAAGAAAAUACAAGAGGCUCCAGAGUCAGCUACCAUUAUAUUUGCUGGAGAUACAAAUUUAAGGGAUCAAGAAGUUACCAAAUGUGGUGGUUUACCCAACAACAUUUUAGAUGUCUGGGAGUUUUUGGGCAAACCUAAGCAUUGCCAGUAUACAUGGGAUACACAAAUGAACUCUAAUCUUGGAAUACCUGCUACUUGUAAGCUUCGUUUUGAUCGAAUAUUUUUCAGAGCAGCAGCAGAAGGUGGCCACGUUAUUCCCCGAAGUUUGGACCUCCUUGGGUUGGAAAAACUGGACUGUGGUAGAUUUCCUAGUGAUCACUGGGGUCUUCUGUGUAACUUAGAUGUAAUAUUGUGAAAUGCUUUUCAAAUGCGAGUUUCAAUGUUCUGA